UCUUUCCAUUCAAAAAAACCCAAAACAACAGCCAGGUGAGAGUAAUUUUCACAGUAAUAUUAGACCGAUAUGUAUAUAUUAUAAGAGUGUUCCGAAAUGAAGAUUAGGUACUACGGCAAAACGUCUGGGAUGCACCACCAUGGCUUCACUAAUUACACGCUGCAUAUACCUUUAGGAAAGGACAAAGUCCUAUGCAUUCACCAGUGGAGCCGCAGCUGCGCCCGGUCUCAUCACUGCAGUUCCCCGACUGCGACUCCGAGUGCCGCUGUUGGCCAAUACGGAGCGGCGCUGGAGACUGGGAUCCAUUGGAGCCUCCUGCAGUGCGAUUGCUCAGAAAGCUAACAGCAGGAAGAAAACAAAGCAGAGUGACAUUCAGAGUCUGCUGAGAAGAGAAAAGAAACCUCAGCAAAGCGCGCGGAACAGAUACUGAGCAGGGAACGCAGACACAGUACUCUCUCCUGUGCCCUGCCUUCUGUCAUUUGGCUGGGAUUUCUCAGCGCCUAAUACGAUUGACACGGAAAAAGAAAGACGCUGGGCAACACUCUCCAGGGAAUGGCAAUGGAAACACGGCAAAAACACAGCGGCCAGGCGGCAGAGUGGCAAGUGCUCUCCUUUCCCUUCUUGCUGUCUCUGCUCUGCGGGGCGGUCUCGGCGCAGAUUCGCUAUUCGGUCCCCGAGGAAAUGCCCAAAGGCUCCCUCGUGGGCAAUCUCGCCAAGGAUCUGGGGCUGACUGUGCGAGAACUGGCUGAUCGCAGGCUCCGGGUUGUCUCUGCAGCCAGAAGACAAUACUUCACGGUGAAGGGUGAAAACGGGAACCUGUACGUGAGUGACCGGAUAGACCGGGAGGACAUCUGCGGGAAGGCCCCGCUCUGCGCUCUUGCUUUCGAAGCCGUGGUGGAAAAUCCACUGAACGUUUUCCACAUCAACGUCGACAUCCAGGACAUCAACGACAACGCGCCGCGCUUCCUACGAGAUAACAACACACUGGAGAUCAAUGAAUUGACGCUGCCAGGAGCCCGCUUCUCGCUGGGAAAUGCCCAGGACCCGGACGUGGGCUCCAACUCCCUGCAGAGUUACCAGCUCAGCUCCAACGCCAACUUCGUGCUGGAGGUCAGGGAGAGCCAGGACGGCAACAAGUACGCGGCGCUGGUGCUGCAGAAGCCUCUGGAUCGGGAAAGGCAGCCCGGGCUGCACUUGGUCCUCACGGCAGUGGACGGGGGGCAGCCCGCCAGAACCGGCACGGCUCGCGUCUGGGUCAACGUCACCGACGCCAACGACAACGCGCCCGUCUUCACCCGGGACGUCUACAAGGGGCGCGUGCGGGAGGGCGCCCCCGCGGGCUCCCUCGUGCUCCAGCUGAACGCCUCGGACAGCGACGAGGGCGCCAAUGCGCAUGUCACCUACGGGUUCAGCAACACACUGGAAACCGCGGGCCAGAAAUUCAGCCUGGAGGCGGAAACGGGGAGGAUCACGGUGAGGGAGCCGCUGGACUUCGAGGAAACAGCAGCCUACACUUUGGAAGUGGAGGCAAAGGACGGCGGCGGCCUGGUGACCCACUGCAAAGUGGAGAUCGAGGUUGUGGACGAGAACGACAAUGCGCCCGAGGUGACCUUCACCUCCGUGUCCAGCCCCGUCCCCGAGGACUCCCAGCCCGGCACCGUGAUCGCGCUGAUCAAAGCACGAGACCGAGACGGUGGAGGUGACAGCGAAGUCACUUGCCGCAUUCCGGACAACCUGCCCUUCAAGCUGGUGUCGUCCUCCAAGAACUACUACAAGCUGGUGACGGCCGGCGCCCUGGACAGAGAGCGCAGCCCCGACUACAACGUCACGGUCACGGCCACGGACAAGGGCGCUCCGCCGCUCGCCACGACCCAGACCGUCCGGCUGCAGGUCUCGGACGUCAACGACAACGCGCCGCUCUUCGAGGAAGCGUCGUACAGCGCCUACGUGGCGGAGAACAACCCGGCGGGGGCCUCGCUUCUCCGCGUGCGAGCCUCGGACCCCGACCUGGGCCGCAACGGCCGAGUCACCUACUCGCUGGUCAGCCCCGGCGGCGGCAGCGGCGGCGGCGGCGGGGACAGGAGCGCGGCGGGGGCGCCGGCCUGGGCCCACGUGUCGGUGCAGGCGCAGAGCGGGGCCGUGGUGGCGCAGCGCUCCUUCGACUACGAGCAGCUGCGCGAGCUGCGGGUGGAAGUGGAGGCGCGAGACGGCGGGUCGCCGGCGCUGAGCAGCAGGGUGACGGUGCGCCUGUUCAUCCUGGACCGGAACGACAACGCGCCCGAGAUCCUGUACCCCGCGCCGGGCGCCGUCGAGGUGGUGUCCCGCUCGGCCGCGGCGGGCUGCCUGGUGACCAAGGUGGUGGCGGUGGACGCGGACUCGGGCCACAACGCCUGGCUGUCGUACGAGCUGGUGGCGGCGGCCGAGCCGGCGCUCUUCACGGUGGGGCUGCGCAGCGGCGAGGUGCGGACGGCGCGCGCCCUGGCCGACGGCGACGGCGCCCGGCACCGCCUGCUCGCCGUGGUGAAGGACAACGGGCAGCCGCCGCUGUCGGCCACGGCCACGCUGCAGGUGGUGGUGGCCGAGAGCGCGCGCGAGGCGCUUCCCGAGCUGGCCGAGGCCGAGGCCGAGGCGGCCGGGGCCUCGGACUCGGCGGCCGCCCUGCAGUUCUACUUGGUGCUGGCGCUGGCUCUCGUCUCCUUCCUGCUCCUCCUGGCCGUCGCCCUGGCCGUCCUGGACAGACUGCGGGGGUCAAGGCCUCCCCGCCUGCUCCCGUGCUUGGGCCCGGCCCCUGCUUCCGAGCGCGGCCCCUGGUUCCCGCCGACCUACGAAGACGGCACUUUGCCCUACUCCUACCAGCUGUGUUUGUCCUCCGACGCCGGGAAGGAGGACCUCGGCCUCCUGAAGCCGCAGGUGCCGGCAGCCGGGAGCAUCCUGUGUGGCGCCAGCCCCGGGGUGUUGCCUACGGAGAAUGGCUGUAGCGUCUUCCAAGCCGAGACGGAGACUGCGCGGGAGGUGAGCGUGUGGUUUCAGACUCCUUCUGUGCAGCAAUGAGAUUUAAAAGUCUGGCUUGUGGACGAAUGCAGGGGGUUCUUGUAAAAUAUAACAUAACUUUUUUUUCAGCUCUUCCUUCUUUUGUAACACUGUCUUGCGUGUAUACCUCGUUUAGGAUUUUUAUAAUAGGCAACUUACAGAAGUACUUCGUCUGUAGUAGACGAGAUGAAACCAGUUAGGAGUGAGAGAGAGUUGGUGAUGGUCUGCUAAAUAUUCUAUAACUUUGGAAUGUUAUCUGGGGGCACUAUGGUUGUAGCAUCUGAAAAGUAGAGACAGGUUAGGAAGUACCUUUAUUAGAACCUUUAUU